AGGGCCACAACAAAUGCUGGCCAUCCAACGGAAGGUUUAUCCCCGCAGGAGCAAUCUGCAUUUCCUCCGUUUCUCUCUCUCUCUCUCUCUCUCUCUCUCUCUCUCUCUCUCUCUCUCUCGCGGCGGCGGCUAAUUCGUUUGCUGGAGGUGACCUAAAACAACAGGGAGCAAAGCUAGAGAAGAUGAUAUAGCUUGAUAGUCUGGUUCGGGUAGUGGUUAGUCUUUUGAAUUCCAUGAGGAAAAAAAAACCGACAAGGUUGGAAUAGAGUUCCUCGACGCAUUUUUUAUUUAGACUGAAAUGGACUUUGCGUAAGAGAUCCAUUGAUGGUUUUUAAGAGAUUUAAAUCUAUCUUAGAAAGAAAAGGGGCACUGAAGGAUCAAUGGCUGCAGUAAUAUCACUUUGUGCUUCAAUAUUGCUUCCUUCUGUAGUAAUGCAGAGUUCUCAAAGACACAUUGGGCUACGCAAACUCAUUCCAGUCAAAUACCUGAAACAUUUUGGUAACAUAAAUACUGGAAGGAACCACAUUGGUUUGAAAGCAGGUGUAUCACAUCGAAGGCUCGUUGUAUUGGCAGUUACUGAAGGUUCAACAAAGUCGAGCCCAGCAGAUGACAAAAUUCCAUCAUGGGCCAAACCAGAUUCAGAUGAGCCUCCGCCAUGGGCUCGUGACGAAGGUAAUGGGAGCACAUCUCAGCCAGCAUUUGUGAUCCCCUUUUAUGCCUAUCUACUGGCAUCAGUUAUCACUGCUAUAGCGGCGAUCGGUUCCAUUUUUGAAUACAUAAAUCAGAGACCGGUGUUUGGCAUUCUGGGCUCGGACAGUGUGUUUUAUACUCCAUUGCUUGGAUUCUUCGCUUUUACCGGCAUACCGGCAUCUGCCUUUCUAUGGUUCAGAUCUGUUCAAGCUGCAAACAAGGAAGCUGAGGAGCAAGAUCGAAGAGAUGGGUAUUCAUAGUGGCCAUAAUUCUCCUGUUUUGUGCGGGUCAAGUUGUCCUGACGGAUGCGUUUCGGUUCAAGAUGGACACUGAUAUUGGCUGGCUGUAAGUCAAUGAUGUUAUAGCUUUCGUCGUCCUUACUAGAGACAGUUGAAGCUUCUAUUAAAAUGUAAAUUGAUCAAGGUACUUGAAGAUAAUUUAUUUGUAUAAUAAAUUUUAUCAAAGCGAAAUUAUUGUGUAUUCUUAGAAUAAAAAAAUGAUAAUUGUAUAGUUAGUUUGUUAGCUAUGAUAUCUGAGCUACAAAAGAAAUACCCAUUUCAAUUGCAUAAUACUAACCCUGGAUACUCAUGUGGGUCAAAGUUAUGAA